AAUCUUCCAUCAUUGCACUUGCAUGAUGUCAAUCUGAUGCACAACACCCUCCCCCGAGAUAGCGAAUAAAUCGCGUAGUGAGUGAAGCUCGCACUAGCCCGGACGGCUCUAGCUUCGCUCUGCUGUGUGUGUGUGUUACGCGCAAGCCCGGAGAGAGAUGACAAGAGCUUCGCGAGGCUGGACAUUCAAACAUGGAGCUUUUUAAAACGCAAAUGUCGGUACUUUGGAUAUUAUUGCUGAAUGGAAACAAGGGCUGUCACACUGAAGAAGUGGUCCUGCUGAACUCAAAAGAAACUCAGGCAGAGCUCGGUUGGACGUCGCACCCCUCCAAUGGCUGGGAGGAGAUUAGUGGCGUGGAUGAGAAGUACAAGCCCAUCAGGACCUACCAGGUGUGUAACGUGAUGGAGCCGGCGCUGCAGAACAACUGGCUGCAGACGGGCUGGGUGGCGCGGCGCGGUGGCCAGCGCAUCUUCGUGGAGCUGCAGUUCACUCUACGCGACUGCAACAGCAUCCCGGGUGUGGCAGGCACCUGCAAGGAGACCUUCAACCUGCUCUACGUGGAGUCGGACAAAGACCUGGGCCGGGUGACCCGCGAGGAACGCUACACCAAGAUUGACACCAUCGCCGCUGAUGAGAGCUUCACGCAGGGCGACCUUGGCGAGAGGAAGAUGAAGCUCAACACGGAGGUGCGGGAGAUCGGACACCUGAACCGGAAAGGGUUCCACCUGGCGUUCCAGGAUGUGGGGGCAUGCGUGGCCCUGGUGGCGGUGCGGGUGUACUACAAGCGCUGCCUGGCCACGGUGCAGAACCUGGCUGUGUUUUCUGAUACGGUUGCGGAGGCAGCGUUCGCCACACUCGUGGAAGUCAGGGGAGCCUGCGUCAACAACUCUGAGGUUGACACGGACAGCCCUCCCAGGAUGCACUGCAGCGCUGAGGGGGAGUGGCUGGUGCCCAUCGGGAAGUGCAGCUGUUCAGCGGGUUACGAGGAGGGUCACAGCAGCUGUGAAGCGUGUCCCCCUGGCUCGUAUAAGAUGUCAUCCAGACAGCAGGAGUGUUUUCCGUGCCCGGCCAACAGUGUGGCUGAGGAGGAAGGAUCGGUGGUGUGUGUGUGUGAGGAGGAUCACUUCAGGACCCCCCUGGACAACCCCUCCGCCCCCUGCACCCGCCCCCCCUCUCCUCCCAAAGACUUGGUCUACACUCUCAAGCAGUCCACCAUGAUCCUGGAGUGGAGCACGCCAACAGACACGGGCGGCAGGGGGGACCUGACCUACAGCGUGGGCUGCCGCCGGUGCCUGGGGCUGCAGUGUGAGCCGUGCGGGGCCAGCGUGGGCUUCAUGCCCCAGCAGAGUGGGUUGACCGAGCGCACGGUGACCGUGGUUAACCUCAUGGCCAACUCCAACUACACGUUGACGGUCGAGGCCCUCAAUGGCGUAUCAGAGCUUCUGCCCAACAAGAGGUUCUACACACAGGUCAACGUGUCAACUAGCGUGCCAGCGCCCUCUCUGGUGAGUGAGUUGCGUGCGGAGAAGAUUGAGCAGCGCAGCCUCACCCUGGUGUGGAGGGAGCCCAGCUACCCCAACAGCAGCAGCACCGAGUACGAGAUCAAGUACUACGAAAAGGAACAGAAGGACAAGAGCUACUCAACGGUCAAGACGGCCGCCACCCGCAUCAGCGUCAACAACCUCAAGCCUGGCACCACCUACGUCUUCCUCAUCCGCCCUUUCUCCACCCCGGCCCCCUCCUCCCUUCUCUCCGCCGCCGCCUCCUCCUCUUCCUCCUCCCCUUCUCCCAUCGACUACGGAGGCUACAGCGCUCCCCUGGAGCUGCAGACGCUUGGCGAACUGGCGCUGGCGUCCAGUGAGCAGAACCCAGUAAUCAUCAUCGUGGUGGUGUCUGUGGCCGCCCUCAUCAUGCUGCUCUCUAUGGGAGUGGGCCUGCUCCUCUGGAGAAGACAGUGUAGAUACAGCAAGGCCAGUCAGGAGGGAGACGAAGAGCUCUACUUCCAAUUUAAGAUACCGACCCGGAGGACCUACAUAGACCCAGAGACGUGUGAGGACCUGGUGCAGGCUGUCCUCGCCUUUGCCAAAGAGCUCGACAACUCCAGCAUCAAAAUAGAGAGAAUUGUGCACACAGGUGACUUUGGGGAGGUGUGUCGUGGCUGUCUCAAGCUGCCCAGUAAGCGGGAGCUUCCGGUGGCCAUCAAGGCACUGAGGGCCGGCUGCUCAGAGAAACAGAGGCGCUCCUUCCUCAGCGAGGCAGGGAUACUGGGACAGUUUGACCACUCCAACAUUGUCCGUCUGGAGGGGGUCAUCACCAGCGGUAACACCAUGAUGAUUGUGUUGGAGAGCAUGUCCAAUGGGUCCCUGGACUCCUUCCUCAGGAAGCACGAGGGCCAGCUCUCUGUUCUCCAGUUGAUGGACAUGCUGGGGGGCGUGGCCUCUGGGAUGAAGUACCUGACAGAGAUGGGCUUCGUCCACCGCCGCCUGGCCGCCCACAAGGUACUGGUCAACGCCAGCCUGGGCUGCAAGGUGUCCGGCUUCAGACCCCUCCAAGAGGACAAGAUGGAGGCCAUCUACAGCGCAAUGCAUGGGGGGAAGAGUGUGGUGUUGUGGACGGCCCCAGAGGCCAUCCAGUACCACCGCUACAGCUCAGCGUCUGACGUCUGGAGCUUUGGCAUCGUCAUGUGGGAGGUCAUGUCCUACGGAGAGAGACCCUACUGGGACAUGGGCAACCAGGACGUGAUCAAAGCGAUAGAGGAUGGCUUCCGCCUGCCCGCCCCUAUGAACUGUCCACCCCACCUCCACCAGCUGAUGUUGGACUGUUGGCAGAAGGAGAGGACCGAGAGACCCACCUUCAGCCAGAUCCACUCAGCUCUCAGCAAGAGCAUCCGCAGCCCCGACGGCAUCGGCUCCUCCACACUGGCACGCAGAACCCUCCCUCAGCUAGGAACCCUCCCUCUGGGCUCCUCCAUCUCCCUGGCAGAGCGGACUCUUCCGUCGUUCCCCUCGUUUAACUCGGUAGGGGAGUGGUUGGAUGCGGUGGACAUGGGGCGCUACAAGGACAACUUCACCGCGGCAGGAUACUGCUACCUGGAGUCUGUGGCCCGUAUGACAGUCCAAGACGUGUUGAGUCUAGGCGUCACCUCUCUGGAGCACCAGAAACAGAUCCUGUCUGCCAUCCAGACCCUUAGAGCCCAGGUCAUCCAGAUGCACGGCAGAGGGGUGCAGUUCGAGGGAUUCUGUUACUGAAUAAUGGUGUCCUGUACUGAACAAGGUAUUAUGAAGAGGACUUACACUAUAGUAUGUUGACUGUUUUCAGGGGUAUUGAAUCAUUUGGAUACUGUUAACAAAUCACCAGUAGUUGAUAUAGGACUUAUACAUUUUGAGUCCAGUGUCGCUGGAUGUACGGUAUCGAUGUGUUGCAUUAUAGAAACAGUAUUGCAGUAUUUCAGAAUGUCGUAGAGUGAUCUCAUUUAUUUAUUUUGGGGGGGGGGCAGCAACUCAAGCUGACAUAGGACCCACAACCCCCCACUGCAUCUACAAGCCCUUCCAUUUGUCAGUAUUAUAUAUUUUACAAAAACGGUAACAUUUAAUCGUAGUUAACACGUUUUGGGGAAUGAUUUGAUUUCUCUCAUACUCAUGUAGCUAGCUACACAGUAGAUGUUUUAUUGGUUCCGUUUGGUUCGUAGAUGGGUUAUUGUAAUAGUGAGGUAUCUGGUAUGAAAGGACUACCAGUGUAUGUUCUCCUUUCUUCCCUACAUACUCUCUCUUUGUUGCUGUUUUGCCUUAACAUUACUGUAUAUAAACCCAAAAUAUACUCCUAAGGCUGCGUUUACAAAAGGCACAAUUCUGAUAUUCUGCCCAUUUAUUGUAGAAAGCGCUAAUCUGAUCGGUCGAAAGACCAAGAAGUGGAGAAAGAUCAGAAAGGGCUGCCUGUGUAAACGCAGCCCUAUAGACUCACACAUGCACAUAUCUAGAAAGUCUCACCACCCCUGUAUACGCAGACACCAAAAUAGACCUUUCGCUAGCGACUUAACUCAGUUGUUGUCCCCCCCACCCCCUCCCACCCACUGUUUACUACUCGACGAUUACAAAAUGUUUAAUACUGUAAAUAUGUAUUUGAAAAUGCAAUCUAUUUUUAUAAUUUCUUUGAAGAACAAUGUGUUGAAAAUAUCUGCUCACUGUGUAGGGGUUUUAUUGUUUAAAUGUAGGGCCGUUGCCAAUGAACGUGUGUGUUUGGAAUAUUAAAACAUAUUUUCUUUGUUUAGUUUUUGGAUGAUUUUUACCUGUUAGAAAGACAGAUGGCUGUUGCAAUAUUGAAAUGUGUUAUAAAAAAACUAUCUCCCUUAA